AUCGUUAAUCUAUGCGCAGCGUUCACGUUUAUCAAAAUGGCCGCCGAGUGUUGUUAAAAAAUCUAUAUUUGUACAUUAUUGACAACUGCUCAUUAAUAGUUUUAAUAAAACUUCCGAAUGAUUGAAUUUAUAGAUUUAUUUUAUGAUUAGAUAUAAUCACGUAUAUAGUAUUGAUUUAAAUUAUGGCGUGGUCAAUGCCGACUACAGGUCAAUGGAGUCCUAACAUUGGUAUGACGCCAGAUAUGAAUAUGGGAACAUAUACGGCUGAACAAUGGGCUCUAAUGCAACAACAAAAUUGGCAUCAGUGGGCACAAUGGCAACAACAGUAUGCUCAAUGGCAAAGUCAGUAUGGAGAUAAGUAUGCCCAGCAAAUGCAAGCAUUUCAAGCUAUGGCUGGCGCUCCACCCGUUCCCCCACCUUCUGCACCUCCACCUGCGCCGCCUCCGCCGGACAAGCCACCUCCACCGCCACAUGAGAAUGAUCAACCAUUAUAUGGAAACACUCAGAAACAGGAUACUACUGUUCCACCUCCAGUACAAUAUCACAUCAGUGCGCAAGCUGGCUACAACAAUACUAUCACCACAACAGGUAACAAUCUAAAUUGGUCCUAUGCAGCAAAUGUCAAAUCUGAUAUACUACAAUCUCAGUCAGUCAACACAGAAGCUCUCAAAAAGCUUGCAGAGGAGGAGAAAUUAUUCGAUAUUCAAUUUAAGAAAUGGGAAGAGGAAAUUGAAAAAUGGCGAAAAGAGAAUGUUAAUCACCCUGACAAACAAGCAUAUAAAGAAUAUGAACAAAAGUUUGAAGCUUGCCGUGUGCAACUGUUAGAGCGCCGCCAACAAAUGAAGUUAAAAAGGGCUCGCCUUAUGGGUGGUACAUCUCAAGUGACAAAGACUACAAGUACAGGUAAUAUAUCAACUGCUAUUCCUCCUCCAUUGCAGAAUACGAAUAUAACAAAUUAUCCCCAAAAUGUGCACCCAAAUAAACAAAAUCAAAAUAAUAUUCCUGCACAUAGUCACACAAUUCAGAAUAUACCCCAAUUCCAGCAGCUUAAUAAUAAUAAUCAACAAGGUUACAAUAGGAAUAAUAACAAAAAUGUAGAUCCACAAGAUAGGUAUGAAUCUUAUCAAACUAUGAAUGAAGAUUAUAAAUCUUCUCAAUCUGGAAGUCAAAACUUUUUACCAACUAAUCAAUCCAAGGGAAUACCAGGACUAGACUUAGUACCAGAAUUUGAUAGAUCUUCAAGUAAACAAGAUGUAAUUGAUAUAACAGAAGAAAAUUCUGAAAAUAAACAUAUGCAGCAAAAGCAAAAUCAUAGACAGCCUGAUUAUUCAACAAUUUCAAAAGGUAUUAAUAACAUUCUUGGAGAUGAGAAAAUUAUGAAUAUCCUGUCUAUGGUAACAAACCAAAUAAGUUCUGGAAACAGUAAUGUCACACAAAAUGCACCUGGACAUUAUAGACAAGAUGAGAAGAGUCACUACAGUCAGAGUCAUAACAGCAACUACCAUAAUGAUUAUGGUCCUAGGCAAGAUAUGCCAUAUAAACAACAUAACCUUAAUACCUAUUCAAAUAAACCAGAACAAGCCAAUUCUAAUUAUUCUGAACCUCCAUAUCAGAGAUUUGAGGAAAAUUAUGCUAGAGAAGAUUAUAGGCAGAAUGAUACACCAAAAGAACAAUAUUAUGACGGGCACAAUAAAAAUAUGGAUAUCCCAAGGAGUGUUCCGCCACCAUUAAUAUCUAAUAUAGCUCCACCUAGACCAUUGUUGCCUAAUUUGCCAUCUCAGCAAAAUUCAAAUGAUUAUUCUCAUGAUGGAUUUGAAAGAAGGGAUAUACAUGAAAACAUUAAUAAACCUUUGGUACAACCAGCAAAACCAAAAUGGAUAGAUGAACCACUGUUUACUCCAUCUAUCAUAGUUGACUAUGAGCACAAAUGUCUAAGAUUGAAAGCUCGAGGAUUUAUUGAACCCGUCCAUAUGUUUGAUUAUAAUCACAAAUCAAAAGAUGGUGAAAGUAGCAGUAAAAAAGAUUUUGAAAAAGAAAUUGAUGAUUUAUUUUCAAGAAAACCCCGCAGGCCAGAUAUUAAUGACGAUUGGAAUAAUUCUCUAAAACAUAAUGAUAGAAGACCUCUUAGGGAUGACCAAAGGAAUCGAUCUAAACUACCAAUCAGAGAUGAUCAUGAUAUCUUCAACAGAAGGUCGGAUAAUCCUUAUGAAGAACGUAGACGUGAUGAUCGUGAUCGCGAUCGCUUUUUACGUGAAGACUAUGAACGGAGAGACAGAGUACCAGAAUAUGAUCGUUCAAGAGAUCCUGGCAGGGAAAGAGAUUAUGGAAGAGAUAGAGAUUUCGGAAGAGAUAGAGAUUUCGGAAGGGAAAGAGAUUUAGGUAGAGAAAGAGAUCUUGGUCGAGACAGAGAAAGAGAUAGGAAUAUAGGUAAAGAAAGAGAUCUUGGGCGAGAUAGGGAUACAGGCAGAGAAAGAGAUUCUGGUAGAUACAGGGAUUUAAGAAAAGACGACUCUCGAAAUCGUAGCCGAAGUCGGGAAAGGGACAGCCGAAAAAGAGAACAUAGUAAGGAUUCAAUUGAUAGUUCUGGAUCAAAAAAACUUAGAGAAUUGAAAGAAACGACUACAGCUACCCAGUCUGGUAAACCACAGCACAUAGUAAUGAUUGAUGACAUAUUAGAACCACCUGGUCGUGACAUGAGACCAGAGAAGAUAGUUAUUAUACUUAGAGGUCCACCUGGUAGUGGAAAAUCGUAUUUAGCGAAACUUAUAAGAGACAAAGAAGCAGAACAUGGAGGCACAGUUAGAAUCAUGUCAAUAGAUGACUAUUUCAUGCAGGAAGGUGAAAUAGAAGAAAAAGAUCCAACCACUGGAAAAAUUGUGAAAAAACCAUCAUUAAAAUAUGAGUAUGAUCAAAAAUCUGAAGAAGUUUAUCUGAACUCAUUGAAAAGAGCUUUCAAGAGGAGUUUAACAGAUGGAUACUUUACAUUUUUAAUAUAUGACUCUGUAAAUGAACAAUUAAAGAGCUAUGCCGAUAUAUGGAAUUUUUCACGGCAAAAUGGUUUCCAGGUUUACAUUUGUACAAUGGAUAUUGACUCGCAAACUUGCUUCAAACGGAACAUUCAUGGCAGGUCUCUCGAGGAUAUCGAAUCGAUCGUUGCUAAGUUCUUCCCAACUCCUGCGCAUCACAUACAUUUAGAUGCGACCACUUUGCUCCAGAGCGCUUCCAUAACCGAUGUGCAAAUGGAAGACGCAGACGACGUUACCAUGGAAGACGCACACGACACUGAGGUCGAAAGUAGCUUUACUUCGAAGUGGGAGAAAGUGGACGACGCCGCGCAACUAGCUCGCCUCGACGGCACCAGCAAGCCGCUUCGAUCUUCCCAGCUCUCAAUGGAAGACUACCUACAGCUAGACGAAUGGACACCUAAUACAGCUAAACCUGGAAAAAAAACUGUACGGUGGGCUGACAUAGAAGAGAGAAGGCAGCAAGAGAAGAUGCGAGCCAUCGGAUUUGUAGUAGGGCAGACCGACUGGAAUCGAAUGACGGACCCGACCAUGGGUUCCAGUGCGCUCACUCAGACAAAAUAUAUAGAACGAGUUAAACGAUAUUAGAAAGGAGGGUUUUCAAUAAGUGCUCGUGUUACGUACGAAAGCUUUUACAGAUGGAUAAAUAAUUCUGGACGUAAUAUUAUCUCAAAAAUAGCAGUUAAUUUGGGAAAAGCAUGGCAGAAUUAAAUAUCUUCUGUUUCUCAAUUCCUCGGAUAGUUUUGUAUAAGUAAAAUAAGACUAUCCUAGCAUAAAAAUAUGAGAUUUAAUUGACUUCCAGAUUUAAAUGUAUAAUUACAAGGUGGUUUAAGUAAAUGCCUUUUGCAUUGAAUACUUAUUAAGUUUAAACGGUGUUAAUGUUAAGUCGAAAUGAGACGAGGGCAUAAACGUUUUACCAAACAACAUUAAUAGUAUAAUAUUUUAAUAUGGUAAAUUUUACUUUCUUGGCACCAAUUUCAAUAAACGCCAGGUCGUAAUAAUUGAAGGUAAUGGGGAUUCGACGAACAGUCGCUAAAAUAUUGCAAAACAAUUCGAAUAUUUAUUACAAAAUAGGUAGCUCCUGUCUAUUAUUUAUAAAAAUUGAGUUUGAGCAAUUGACUUGAAGGAAGUGUGUUUAUGAGGUUCUCGACUUUUCAGACUUGAAUUCACAUAAGGCUUAUAUUUAUAACUUCAGAAAUUAAGUAAUGGAUGUUUGAAACGAUAAAGUAUUGUAGUGCUACAAUGUAUCCUUUGUAAACAUACUGGAAUAUUUUGAGUUAAAACAAUUAUAGUUGAUGUUUUUUUCAUUUUAUCCAGGUAUUAAAAUAUAUUACAAAUUACAA